CGAGCUACAAGUGAUAUCCUAAACGAUGCCAGUCAGCCGCUCCCAAAACUCUCUCUCUUCAUGGCCUUGAUGGUCAUUUUUCUGCUCUUGGCAUUUGCUGAAAUCUUAUCAACACUGGCAGCGCCAGCAUCUGCAGUCAACAGCCUUCUUCUUUCCCCAUCGUCCCAUUCUCCCUUAUUCAUCCUCCCUCAGGCUCUUCCAUCUCAAUCUCCAGAACCAACAGAAACCGUCACAAUCACAGUACUAGCUCCCCCUACAACAGUCACCGACACAAUCGAGAUCACAUCCACUCCUCCUCCUGCAGCCGAUCCAGAACCCGAAGACACACAAUGGUCCUGGACCUUACCACCCACCAUAUCAGACCUAACCCCCUUCAAAAUCACUUCCUUCCCCGGACCAAGAGAAAACCUACAAAUAGUCACAGGAAUCCCCGCACAAGCCAGCGCCCUCCCCUCCUCCUGGGACAACACCACCUCAGUCCUCCAAGCAUACUACCCCGCAAACUCCAUCAACCCCGCCCAAUUCCCACAAGGCGGAGCCCAAUUCUACGCAGCCCCUUUACCCGUGUCGGGCGCGAGGAACGUCUCGCUAAGCUAUAACGUCUUCUUCCCUAACGACUUCGACUGGGUCCUCGCGGGCAAGUUGCCGGGGCUUUAUGGUGGACAUACGGGGUGUUCGGGUGGGGAUGAGGCGUUGGAUUGUUUUAGUACGAGGUUGAUGUGGAGGGAGGGUGGGGUGGGCGAACUUUAUCUGUACGCACCGAAAGACAAACAAACCCCCGCCCUAUGCUCCGACUCCCAAUCGACCUGCAACGCCGCAUAUGGCUUCUCAAUGGGCCGCGGAUCGUUCAUGUGGGCUGCGGGAGGGUGGACGAGGGUAACUCAGACUGUGUACCUUAACACUCCGGGGCUACAAGAUGGACAGUUUACGUUGGACGUUAAUGGGGAACGGGUGAUUGAGAGGAGGGAUGUUUUUUAUCGGGAUGUUCCUUUGGGAGGGAAUCCUGGAGACGGCGAUGAGGAUGAGGACCCGAUGUUGAGUGGGGUUUUGGACCUUGGCGAUGCGGUUCAUACGGGUCAACAUGAGUGGAGCUUGCCGCAAACUGCAUCUUUGGGUCCUACCAAGAUGGGCCAACAAGCAUUGGAGGUUGAACCGAUUGGGUUUAUUGGGAUUUUCUUUAGCACGUUCUUCGGCGGGCACGAAGCAAAGUUCAAAAUUUGGCUGGCAGCCGACGAGAAGACCUGGGACCCGACGAACAACAAGUUCAACCUAGGCCGAAAACGGAGACUAGAAAGCGCAGUGUUUGCCAAUGACGAAGAGACCUUCAGGCUCACAGUUCCAAAUACCGCGCACUAUAGCUCGGGCCAUGAGUACUGUUAA